GCGGUCUGUUAUCAAACUCUGAAAGGGCAACAUGGGGCGUUGCAGCAAUUGCGUUCGCCUGCACGCUGCCCUGGACGAAGCGACUGACGAGGUCAACCUCCUGAAAGUGGCCAUUGCAUCACCACCCCACGCGUCAGCUGACGAACCUGAUGACACCAUCGCGAUCUACCGCAUGCUUAUAGUCAAAGCUCGCAGUCAACUCCGAGGCGUCCAGGCGCAACUCGCGGCGGAACGCCAAGUGUCCGCAGACUUGCGCAGGUCCAUUCGACGUAUGUCGCAUCCUUCUCCAUCGUCACCUCAUCUUGCCAGCGAACCAGUUGAAGACUUGCGCCUUGACGAGUUGACUAUCCCCCCCGCAUUGUCCCGAUGCCACAACCACCUCGACCAUUUGGAUACCCAACUCGCUGCCAUGCAAAACAUUAGUGCCGUCCAUUCCCCAAGCUAGUUGUCCUCUCAAACGACCAAUGAACUCUUCAUAUCCUUUCGCA